CGCGUUCUCACGUUCGCCGAGGAAAGCGCAGCUGUACGGAUUUUCAGAGCAUCGUACCAAAGAAGCUCCAAAUACGUUUUUGGGAACUUUUUUUUCCUUCAGUUGCCGGAAAUCACGUCACAGGUGUACUUUACGUUGUCAUUGAUGUGAUCUGGGGAAAAAACUUGUGUUUGGAUCUGAAACAAUCUUGUCGGAAUGGCUUCAAAUGGGGUUCCCCGAAAGAAAGCACGAUUUCUCCCUGAUAUCAAUGAGAAGAGCCGUGUUAAAGCCAGCCUGCACAGAAAAGAAAUAAAAAAUCCCAACCAAAGCUUUGCUGAGGAGGAGACACUGACCCCCAUGAAGAGUGCAGAUGAAAUAGCCCAAUUCCGAAACACUCUGCAACAGAAUCUUUGUGUGUCCAUGCUGCGGGAAGGAUUUCAUUACUCCUUCAAAGAGUUUUUCUCAUUACUGCAGCGCUGGAAGGCAGCCCGUUUAGCUGCGGGUCCCGACAGCAAGUUGUGGCUCAGACGAUCUCUGGAGGAGCAACCACACAAACUGAAGGCGUUGAAAGAGCACCUGACCCGUGCCGAGGCUGCUCAGAGAGCUGAUCAGAACGUGGAGGUGUAUGAGAAUUAUUUGGCCCUGGCGAAGUUCUUCUCCGAGCCUGAGGACGUGUGGCUGCGUCAUCACUUUUAUGAGCUCAGCCUCAAGGUUGCAAGCAAGAUGGACUCCAGCAGGAGGGAGGCUGAGGCUAGUGAGCACCUCGCCCACCUGCAUUUAGAGCAAGGACACUUGGAACUAGCGCAGGAGCAUUUCGAGACGUUACGCCACCUCUCAGCGGGACAGUCGUGGCAGGACGAAAGUGGACACACACACCUGUCCCGUGCAUGUGAAUGUCUCUGCAAGGUGUACACACUGCUGGCACAGAGGCAGCUACAGUGUAGAGAAUACAGAGAGGCCAUUGAGCUGCUUAAACAGGCCUACGAGAUGGCUAAAGAAGGAGGCAAUAAGAAAAUGGAGGCGGAGUCAGCAUUCCAAAUCGGACGCACCUAUCAGAGCAUGGACAAUCAAACAAAUGCUAAACAGUUCCUGAAUACGUUCACGGAGCUCUCUACAACACUGGGAGAUGUGGAAAGCCUCUGCAAGGCGUACAAGGCCAUUGCCAAAUCUCUAGAGAGUGAGGGUAAAAUAGACGACUCCAUCGAGCAUUUGCAGAAAUAUCUUGAGGUUUGCCAGAUGAACGAUCUGCGUGAAAAUCUACAGGAUGCUUACAUGUGCCUCGGGUCCAUACACUUCUCCAGAGCUCAGUAUGACCGAGGCUGUGAGUAUUUCACCUUGGCCUUCGAGAUAGCCUGCAGCCUCCACUCGGAAGCACUCAUUGAGAAAGCUCAGGUAUUACUGGGUAUUGCUCGAGCUCAUUCCAUGCUGCCGGCGUACACGAGCCACUUGCUGAGGAACAAACCACCAAACAUCAGUAGACUCAUCAAAUGGAAAGCGACACGAGAGAACGAGCUCCACGAGAAGAUGUAAGAGAUAAUCAAAUAAAUCAUGCUGACCGAAAAAGAGAAAUCCCACCCUUUUUUUUUUCUUUCUGUUUUUUUAAUAUCUCAGUUGUAUUAAUUCCCAAACAUUACUAAAGUUUUGAUCAUUAUAUGAACAAAAAUCACUAAAUGAAGCUGGCGUGUCCAUCAUGAUCGCACAACCUUACAUAUCUACACAAUUUGGACAAAAGUAUCAGGACGCCAGAUUUUUCCUGUCAUAUGAGAUCACUGUUGAUUAUGCAUUGCACAUUCUUGUCUUUAUGUAUUUUCUAUAUAUCUGUAUUCUAUAAACCUUUUGGUAGCAGGGAUUCAUAUACAAUAUUUAUGGAAGUAGAUACAGAACCUAUUUUAGGAAUUAUUCAAUAUACGUGUCUUUUUUGUUGUUGCUGUGACAGGAAUUAUUCAAUCGACCGAUAGGGGGCAAAAGUGUAUAAAAAUACGUUCUAGGUUGCAAAAUAUUGAACAAGAAAUUAAAAAUCACACGCACAAAAAAAAGAUUUUCAGUUAGUGUGAGUUAUUCGGUUGAUGUGAGAGGAUGCGGAAAUAAUGACUACAUCAGGAAUAAACUGUACAGCAAACAAGGCGAAAAACAACCAAAUGAACCUUCGUGUUGAGCGAAGCAUGAAAUUGAAUUGUGUGGGAAAUGCAACGGUUAUGAAAUAUUCAAGGCAGACAUGAGAAAAUGAUUAAUGCAUUAUUUCUGUGCAGUUAGUUAUACCAAAAUACACUAAUAAAAAUUGUUUAUAACACAA